AAAGACAAAUUAGUAUAAAGAAAGCACUAGAACAUCAAAGUAAAGGAGAAGAACAAAUUAUAUACCUCUCUCCCUAUAUUCAGAUAGGCUUAACAGACCGAGAGUAUCAUUCUGAAAAAUCAUUUAUGCUGAUAUCAAAGCAG